AAAUUCAUUUUUAUUUUGACACCAUCAUCACCGCACGUGUGAACAUCCUAUAUUAUUAGGUUAUAAUUUACAACAAUUACAUUGAUUUUUUGUGUGAAAGUAAAAUUUGUAACAAAGAUUAAAUAAUGGCUCAGGGAAAGUUAAAAGUAAAGACGAAAACACCGGCUUCUGUGAAAACUAAAGCGUCAAAAAAACAAAAAGGUCCAGCAUCCCAACGAAGAGGAAAUGCGCCAAUCCAAUCCAAAAAAGCAAAAUUCCAAGAAGCACACAGGUUGAAGAAAAUAAUUUCAAAGACUGUAAAUACAGCGAUGGAAAAUGAAUUGAGAGAAAAAGCAAUGGAUGGAAAAAUGUCGUUAACUAAUAAGAAAAAAUCCGAAUCGACGAAAAAAUGAUAAUUUUUUGUAUAAUAAUAUGGGAAAUAUUAAUUUACCUUGGAGACAGCUUCGACUGAGGCUGGUUUGAGAAUAGUGGCAACACCCUCAGUUUCAGUGAAACCAACAUUUCCCACGUGUAAAACAGAAGCGACAAUUGCAAAAAGAUCAUCUUGUUC